AUGGCGAAUACAGUUGCAAUUUCAGAGCUAAUAUUCAUCCCUGUUCCUGGGAUGGGUCAUAUCAUGUCAACUGUCGAAACCGCAAAAUUACUUGUCAGCCGAGAUCAACGUCUAGCCAUAACUGUCCUAGUCAUGAAACCUCAUGCCACGAAUUCUGGCUCGGCUAUCACCGAGUACAUAGAAUCAUUAGCUAAAAACACCAUGGAUCACGUAUCCUUCAUUCAACUCCCUCGAUAUGUAGCCCCAUCAUUUCCUGACCCCAAAGUGUCUUUCUUCGAUGAAUUCGGAAAAUGUCACUGUAGAUAUGUUAGAAAUGUUGUUGCUAACUUAACAAGUCAACAGGGUUCGCAUCGGAUCAUGGGAUUUGUCAUUGACAUGUUUUGCACCGGCAUGAUAGAUGUGGCUAAUGAGUUUAACGUUCCAACCUACCUGUUCUUCACUUCUACUGCGGCUUUUCUUGGAUUUAAAUUUUAUAUUCAGACACUUUGUGAUGAUCUCAACGAAGACGUUGUUGAGCUCAGCAACUCGGAUACCGAGGUAGCGGUUCCAAGUUUUGUGAAACCGCUGCCAACCAAAUUCUUUUGGAAUUUUGUCCAGACUAGAGAAAGACUGGAUUUUGUUCUCCGGUCUGUCCGGAAACUUAGAGGGGUCAAAGCGAUCAUGGUUAAUACGUUUUUGGAAUUGGAAACACACGCGAUGGAGUCAUUGUCUUCUGACAUCAACAUCCCGCCAGUGUAUCCGGUGGGACCUAUACUCAACCUAGAAGGUGGUCCCACUAUGGGGAAACAGUUAUACCAUGACGUUAUUAUGUGGUUGGAUAGUCAACCGUGUUCCUCGGUUGUGUUUCUGUGUUUUGGGAGUAUGGGAAGUUUGGAUGAAGCCCAAGUGAAGGAGAUAGCGCGUGGACUGGAGAAGAGUGGUUAUCGUUUUGUGUGGUCCCUGCGUAGACCUCCAUCAGAUCAAAAAUCAGGAGUGAUGACCGAUUAUGAGGAUCCGAGUGAGGUACUGCCAGAAGGGUUUAUGGAGCGAACACGUGGGAUAGGGAGGGUGAUUGGGUGGGCCCCAGAAGUGACGUUGUUGAGUCAUGUUGCAGUUGGAGGGUUUGUGUCCCACUGCGGAUGGAACUCAUUGUUGGAGAGUUUGUGGUUCGGUGUACCAACGGCAGCAUGGCCGAUGUACACCGAGCAACCAAUGAAUGCGCUUGAAAUGGUGGUUGAGUUGGGAUUGGCGGUGGAGAUAAAAUUGGACUAUAAGAAUGUGUCUAAUCCUAAGGCUAAUAUAGUCAUUGUGACAGCAAAGGAGAUAGAAAGUGGGAUAAGACGGGUGAUGGAAGAUAACGAGAUUAGAACAAAAGUGAAAGAGAUGAGUGGAUAG